AUGACUGAAACGUUUAUAUACAAGACAAAUGAGUACAUUGAAGUUGCAGAUACCGCAAAGGAUGCCCUUACAGAUGUGACAAACUAUAGACAUGUUGAUUGGGAUGGUUACACCAUCGGAUAUUAUGGACGGAUAUUUGAAGCUCGAAACAAGACAAAGGGUGGUUCUUUUGAGGGGGAUGAUAAGGACUUCUACAAAUUCAAAAUAGGUGUCCAACAGGUGAUACCAGCCUUUGAGGAAGCUGUUUCAGGCAUGGCUCUGGGUGGCAUUAGAAGGAUCAUAGUGCCGCCAGAACUAGGAUAUCCAGAGAAUGACUUCAACAAGAGAGGCCCAAGACCAACAACAUUUUCGGGGCAACGAGCCUUGGACUUUGUGCUGAGGAACCAAGGACUUAUAGACAAAACUCUUUUGUUUGAUAUUGAGCUUGUAAAAAUAAUUUCAAACUGA